UGGUUACACUGUCAUUCAUUCCGUCUUGCUACCAGUAUGCAGAGGCACUCAGAUCUGGUCACAGUCAGUAGGAAGCAACGGAAUUGUUGCGGUUUUCCUCUUCCACGUAUAGCCGCCACGUUCAGCGGCUAUUCGGGUCGCCAUGGACCGUCUGACCCCCUCCACUCUUCCGUACCCCUCGCUUUUCUUCCCCUGGCUCUCCAAUCCUCAACAUGCAACCCCAGCAACCGGCGUGACCGGCGGCAUCGGCGGCCUGUCAGCAGCAGCGUCGCUUCCGCCUUUCGAUUCCCUGCAUCAUCAUCAUCAUGAUGGCACCGGCGGCGGCGGCGGUGGUUUCGCCUCCUUUCUCUCCCUCGAUCCAUCCACCUCCAAUGCCACCUCCUUCCUCGCCGCCGCGACCUCCGCCGCUUCUUCUGCCGCGACUUACGCCGCCAAUUUCUCAGCAGAGGUCGCAACCGACGCGGCGGCAGCCGCAAUCAACGCAGUCUCGCGCGGCAAUUUCUCCGACCCUUCCUCUUCCGCGUCCUUGUCUCCCUUCCCCACCCUCUCCUCCGCGAUUCUCGGGCCGCCCGCGCCGCCGCCGGCGCCGCCUCCGGAGUUUGUGGACUCGUUCUGCCGGCCGCAGUUCAACGGUUCUUGGGAGUCGAUCACCAACGAGCUGGGCGCUUUCACCCCCUGCUUCAUCGACAUUGUUGUACUCGGUACAGCGUACCUCGCUAUGAUUCUCCUGGCCGUACUGCGGUUGUAUGUUCUGUACAGUACGCCGCGCUCGCAGCAGCGGGUGGUUGCGCCCGGGUGGCGCGGGCAGCGCGGGAUUGUGGUGGCUGCUGCGCUGGCGAUGACGUGCGCGGUGGUCCCGCUGAUGCAGCUGAGUGCUCGCGUGUCACUGAGCUCGUUCUCUAAGGACGUGGAUCUUCCGCCUUAUGAGGUCUGCUCCCUGAUCCUCUCCUUCCUCGCCUGGACCCUCACCUCAACCGCCCUCUUCUGGGAGCGGCAGCGCAUGGCGGUCAAGGGCGCGUGGCUGCUGCGGUUUGCGUGCUGUAUGUAUGUGAUGGUGGGGCAGCUGGCGAAGCUGAGAUUCGUGCUCAUUCUGCAGAACGACUUCCAGACUUUCUUUGUGGAGCUGUUCUUCGGUUACACGUCAGCGCAUGUGCUCCUGGGCCUGCUGGCGCUCUUCUUCUUCCCCACGCUGCUCCCUCGCGAGCACCCCUCCCCUGGCUUCUCAUCCUCCUCACUAGCGGCCGCAGAAGCAGAGGCAGGGCCGCUCCUGCUGCCGGCUAGCCACGCAGCAGCAGUGGGGAAUGGAGCGGCAGAGUAUGCGCCUCUGGCUGCAGGUCCUGUGGAUGGGGCGGAGGGAGAAGGCGAGGAGGAGGAGGGAGGGGGUGACCGGGGGCAGGUGUGCCCUGAAGACCACGCGAGCUUCAUCAAUCGCCUUACUUUCGGGUGGAUGACCCCGCUCAUGGCCACUGGGUACCGCCGCCCCUUGGAGGAUAGUGAUGUGUGGCGGCUGAAUGACGGCGACCGCACGGCUGCUGUGUAUGGCAGGUUUGAGCGUGAGUGGAGAGAGGAGAAGGGGCGGCCCAAGCCAUGGCUGCUGCGUGCCCUGCACUCCUGCUUUGGCCGCAGGUUCUGGUGGGGUGGUUUCUGCAAGAUCGGCAACGAUGCCUCUCAGUUCGUGGGGCCGCUGAUGCUCAACCGCCUGCUGUCAGCCAUGCAGUCAGACGAGCCGGCGUGGCACGGCUACGUCUACGCGACCGUCAUCUUCCUUGGGCUGGUGGGCGGAGUCAUCUGCGAGGCGCAGUACUUCCAGGCUGUCAUGCGCGUUGGCUUUCAGCUGCGACAGGCUAUGGUGGCAGCUGUGUUCAGCAAGUCACUGCGGCUGAGCCACAGUGGGAGGCAGGGAUUCAGCACGGGGCGAAUCACCAACAUGAUGACUAAUGACGCUGAGUCGCUGCAGAUGAUAUGCCAGCAGCUACACGGGCUCUGGUCCGCCCCGCUGCGCAUCCUCGUCUGCAUCUUUCUGCUCUACCAGCAGCUGGGAGUGGCCUCGCUCCUUGGCCUCCUCAUGCUGCUACUCAUGAUCCCUGCACAGGCAGUGAUCGUGAAUAGAGUGCAGAAGCUAGUCAAGGCAUCCCUGCAGAGGAGUGACAAGCGUGUGGCCCUGAUGAGUGAAGUAUUGGCGGCGAUGGACGUGGUGAAGUCGUACACGUGGGAGGAAAGCUUCCAGGGCAAGGUGGCGCGAGUCAGAGGCGACGAGAUGGGGCAGAUCUCCAAGGCGCAGUACAUCAUGGCGAUCAACUUUCUGCUGAUGAGUGUGGUACCGGUGCUGGUGACAGUAGUCUCCUUCGGCUGCUACUCGCUGCUGGGCCACCAGCUCACGGCAGCCAAGGCCUUCACCUCCAUCUCCCUCUUCGCUGUGCUGCGCUUUCCCCUCUACAUGUUCCCCAACCUCAUCACCCAAGUGGUGAACGUGAACGUGUCUCUCACUCGUCUCCAGGAGAUGCUGCUAGCAGACGAGACGGACAUCGACGCCCCUGCGCCUGCCAUCGACCCCUCCAAGCCUGCAGUCGAGGUCUCCCACGCCUCCUUCGCCUGGGGCGCUGCUCCCUCUGCUGCUGCCAACGGUGCUACCCCUGCUGCUAAUGCGCCUGGUGCUGGUGCUGGUGCUGGUGCUGGGGGAGGGGGAGGAGCAGGGGGAGUAGGAGGAGCAGCAGGAGUGGGAGAUGGCAAGGAGAAGGUUGGAAGCGGAGGGGAAGGGAAGCAGAGCGGCACACUAACGGAUGUGACUCUAUCGGUGGAGCCUGGGAAGCUGGUGGCUGUUGUCGGUGCUACAGGUCAAGGCAAGUCGUCGCUGGUCAGUGCGCUGCUGGGCGAGAUGCCCAUGGUGUCUGGCGACUCUCCGCCAAUCAUUAGAGGCCGCGUGGCUUAUGUCUCACAGGUCUCCUGGAUCUUCAAUGCCACAGUGCGCGACAACAUUCUUUUCGGGCUGCCCUACGACCGGCAGCGGUACGAGCGGGCAGUUCAAGUCAGCGCCCUCGAAAGAGACCUGGAGCUGCUGCCAGGAGGGGACCUGACGGAGAUCGGCGAGAGGGGCGUGAACGUGAGUGGGGGCCAGAAGCAGCGCAUCAGCAUCGCGAGAGCAGUCUACUCCAACGCUGAUGUCUUCUUCUUCGACGACCCGCUCUCAGCCUUAGACGCGCACGUCGCCAAGCAGGUGUAUGACACCUGUGUGAGGACGGAGCUUGCUGGCCGCACUCGCAUCAUGGUCACAAACCAGCUGCACUUCCUACCAGCCGUUGACUGGGUGGUGAUGGUGGAGAACGGGCGCAUAGCAGAGCAGGGCCCCUACGACCAGCUCAGGUCCUCCGCGCCCAAAUUUCAGCGGCUGCUGGAAAAAGCAGGGGCUCUGGAGGACCAUGGGGAGGGGGAGGUGGGGGGUGGGGGAGACGAGAAAGCAGGGGAUGUUGGCAGCAGUGGCAGUGAGACCAACGCAGAAGCGGCAGCGGCUGCUGCUACUGCUGGUAGCACCAGCAGCAGCAGUGCGGAUGGUGCUACUGCUGCUGCUGGUGGGAGCAGCGAGGGGAAGAAAGGAGGAGCAGUAGGAGGGGUGAAGGCAGGCACGAAGCUAGUGCAGACGGAGGAGAGGGAGCGGGGGGUGGUGAGCCCAGCAGUAGUAUGGCGGUACGUGCGUGCCAUGGGGGGCCCGAGCAUCCUCGCGGUGCUCAUCUCGCUCUACGUGCUCGUGGAGGCUGCAAGAGUGCUGGCCAGCGUGUGGAUCAGCAUCUGGACGGGGUCCGUGUCAAAGGAGGGUGAGGGAGGAGGGAGUGGUGCCAGCAGCAGCGUGUAUUUCGUGGCGGUGUAUUCCCUCAUCUCCCUGGGUCAAGUCAUGCUCACCUUCGCCAACCAGUACUUCCUGGUGUUUUCCUCCCAGCGGGCGGCUCGCCGUCUUCACGAUGCCAUGCUGGCGGCAAUUCUUCGCGCGCCCAUGUCCUUCUUCCACACCAACCCCGUCGGUCGCCUCAUAAACCGAUUCACUAAGGACACGGCAGACAUUGACAAGAACCUAGCACAGUACACGUCGCUGUGCCUGGGCGGCAUCUUCCAGCUGCUCUCCACCUUCGCCCUCAUCGGCGUCCUCAACACCGUCGCCCUCUGGGCCAUCGUGCCGCUGCUGCUGCUCUUCUACGUCGUCUACCUCUACUUCCAAAACACUGCAAGGGAAGUCAAGCGCUGGGACUCCGUCACCCGCUCUCCAGUAUACUCCCAGUUUGCGGAGGCACUGAACGGGCUGGCGACCAUCAGAGCAUACAGGGCGGCACCGCGCAUGGCAGCCAUGAACGGGUGGGCUGUGGACCGCAACACACGCUUCACGCUGGUCAGCAUGAGCGCUAAUCGCUGGCUUGCUAUUCGGCUGGAGUUUUUGGGCGGACUGAUGAUCUUCGCCACGGCAGUGUUCGCAGUGAUGGACGUGCAGAGGGCGGGCGACCAGGCGGCCCUAGCGCCCGUCAUGGGGCUCAUUCUGUCGUACGCGCUGCAGAUCACAGCCAUGAUGACCAUGGUGCUCAGGCUGCUCUCAGUCGCCGAGAAUUCCUUCAAUGCGGUUGAGAGAGUCGGCAGUUACGCCGACAUCCCCCCCGAAGCGCCCGCCAUCAUUCCCAGCCACCGCCCGCCACCCGGGUGGCCGAAGCAGGGGGAGGUGUCAUUUGAGGACGUGGUGAUGCGGUACAGGCCCGAUCUGCCGCCCGUGCUGAGGGGCCUGAGCGCGCUGGUGCAGGGCGGGGAGAAGGUCGGGGUGGUGGGGCGCACAGGCGCAGGCAAAUCGUCCCUGUUUAACUCGCUCUUCCGAUUGGUCGAGAUUGAGAGCGGCCGCAUCUGCAUUGACGGCCAGGAUCUGAAGCUUUUUGGGGUGACGGACGUGCGCCGUGCUCUCAUGAUCAUUCCGCAGACACCUGUUCUGUUCACUGGCACCCUCCGUUUCAACCUGGAUCCGUUCAACGAGCGCAGCGACAACGAGGUGUGGGAGGCGCUGGGCAGGGCGCACCUGAGGGAGGUGGUAUCCCGCAUGCCCCUGGGGUUGGAUACGGAGGUGGCAGAGGGAGGUGAGAACUUCAGUGUGGGGCAGCGCCAGCUCAUCAGCCUGGCUCGGGCCCUCUUAAAGGAGUCACGCAUUCUGGUGCUGGACGAAGCGACGGCAGCCGUUGAUGUGGGCACAGAUGCGCUGAUCCAACGGACAGUGAGGGAGGAGUUCAAGGGGCGCACGAUGCUGACUAUUGCCCACAGGCUGAACACCAUCAUGGACAGUGAUCGCAUUCUGGUCAUGGAUGCUGGCAUGGCACUCGAGUACGAUACGCCAGCCAACCUUGUACUGAACGAGCAGAGCGUGUUCGCAGCCAUGGUGCGCAGCACGGGCCCUCAGACCGCCAAGUAUCUGCGCAGUGUGGCGCUGGGGGAGGUGGCUCUGGAGGACGAGCUGGCAGGGCGGGCAGCGGCGGAGGAGAAGAAGAUGGCGAGGGAAGCUGCCAAGUGGCGAUGGGCCACCGCAGCACAGUGGGCUCUGGCGCUCACACUCACUUCCUCCCAGAGAGAUCUGCAGGCCAUGUGUUCUGACAGUGAGGGGGAGGAUGGAGAGAGGGAGGCACUUGUGGGAACGGCACUCGCACAAACGCCAAGCUUCCAGAGAGGCGUUUUAGAAGAGACAAGGGAUGCCACCCAGGUGCUGCACGCGGUGCUAUCCGGGCAGCGCAGCGAGGAGAUCUCUGCUGCGCUGACGGGGCGACAGCUGUCAGAGGAGAAGUGGUGGACAGCUGUCAGCCGCGUGGCGCAGGGUCUUGCGUUGAUGGCGAAGCAGGUGCAGGCAAAGCUCGAGGCGGACGGCAGCCUGCGAGACUCUGCCAGCUCAGCAGGGGCGGCGGUGGGCGGCAGGUGGGCACAGCUGGCAGCCACAGGGGAGGAGAUGGCGGGCGGGAGUGUGGUGUGAGUCACUCUCACAAGGGCUUACCGCAUGGCCACCCAAGGGAUGGGACAGUGGUUGGAGUCGACUUAAUUGCUGCUGCAUGAGAUGCUUGCUGCAUUCUGUACCGUAUUCGCCCGGAUAGAAGACCCAUGGGUCUUGCCCAAUAACCCCCUAAGAAUUUGGAGGUUCGUCUUAUUAAGGGAAGGAAUAGGGGGUCUUAUAUUUCUUGUAAACGGAACACAUCUUAGCUUACUAAAAAGUGCAUGUAUAAUAUCCUAUUAUCGCCUCACGUGCAUAUCGAGUUGUGGGCCAGCCAACAUGAAGGUUGUGGAUCUGCUGCGAUCAUUUCGACAUGGUGCGGCUGCGUGAAAAUUGCUGGGGCUCUGGAACAGGGCCCUAGAU